AUCCCCACCAUCCCCCCUCACUCUACUCACCCUGGGUUUCAACACCCCUUUCUCCUCCCCGCCCUCUCACUCCACUCUGGGGUUUCAGCACCCCUUUCUCCUCGCCCUCUCACUCCGCUUACCCUGGGGGGUACAGGCCCCCACCAUUGCCCCUCCCUCAACUAA